CUCUCGUUUCCGAGCGGCGGCAGUCGGUCGAGAGCGCGCAGCCGUAGCGUGCGUUGCGCAUCGGACGUUGUAUUCUUUAUUAAAAAACUGCGCCAAUUUGAAAGUUUAAUAAAAAAAGUUUUUAAUUGUGCAUUAAUCUGUUCAGUGACCACGUGACAUUUUAUAGGAUUGGAAAAAAGGAAUUUUCACUAUUAUUUUGUAGUGUAUUGAUGUCUAACUACCUUCUGCUUUAGUUCCGUGGAUAUAAAAGGGCCGGCACGAUGUUGCAGCAGAUCCUGCGCGACAUGUGGGUGGACCCCGAGAUCCUGGCCGAGCUGGACGAGACGCAGAAGCAGACGCUCUUCUGCAAGAUGAGGGAGGAACAGGUCCGUCGCUGGCAACUCUGGGACGAGAAGGUCGGCGAGGAAGAUGAGAGACCAAAAUUCCAGAAGAAUGGCAAGAAGCAGGUGCAGUUCCUUACGGGAGAGGACGGAGAGCCAUGGGUGUGGGUGAUGGGAGAGCACCCUGACGACAAGUCAAUAGAGACGAUCCUGGCUGAGGAGGCUCGAGAGAAGGCGAUUGCGCAGGCGCGGCAGGAGGUACAGCAACUCAGGAAGUCCGUCGAGAAGGAACUCACGCAACUCAUCGAAUACAAACCGCUCGAUGAUUUAGAACAGAAAUUCGAUCUAUCCCCGAAAACGAUAGACCCUUUAGAAGACACGUUGGAGAUAUACUGCACAGUGGACGAGCUGCGACAGAGAAUCGAGGCGCUGGAACCUGAUGUCAAGCUGGAGCAGGACGACCUGGACAAACCUGACUUCAAUGACGCCUUGAAACUCGAUCUCAAUAAGAACACGCUUCACUUUAAUUUUAUCGAGGGCAAGAGAGAUGUACUGCAGGACAUGGGUGUGGGAGCUGGUGGCGAUGGCGUUAGUGUGCUGGUCGCAGCCUGGGAGAGGCGUGUGGCGGCUGCCAGGGCCGGGGACAUACUGCGCGGGAUCAGGGCCAAGCGAGCCCGGGCUAUGAGGCUGGCACACCAUGCAGCCCAGACACAUGAUGCAGCCUGGCGCGACCAGGAGCGUAAAGCAAAGGAAGCAGAAGCAAGUAUGCGAGAGAUAGCGCGCGCAGCCAGAGAGGCACACCGGCGGAGUGCACACCUUGAAGCACCGCCAGACACAACACAAGCGGGCAAACCACCCAACAGGGAAGCAGUUCUGGAGUGGUUCCAGACACACGAACUGAAGAGAGGUGUUGGAUUUGACGAGAACAAUGAACCAGUUGAUUGGUUCCACGGUCUGAUCAGCCGGUCGGAGGCAGAAGCAGCUCUAUCAGGUUGUCCUGCAGGGAGCUUCCUAGUGCGUGUGUCGGAGCGAGUGUGGGGCUACGCGGUGACAUACCGCGACACCGCGCGCUGCAAGCACUACCUCGUCGAGGCGGCGCGCGCGUACAGGCUGCUGCCUACUGGACAAGUCGCGCAUGAUACGCUUGCUGAUCUCAUAAACUACCACAAGACGGUUCCGAUCACUGAGAGCGGUGGCGAGCUCCUGAUCACCGCGUGUCCGCCGCAACAGACGCCCGACAUAUUGACCGCCCCGCCAUCUUGAACACAUGGACAAAUGGACGUCACGCGGUCUUGUACAGACACAGCCAGACAUCAAACUGUCAAACCUAGUAGAUUUUCGACUUUACCACAAAGGUGAUAAAGUUGGUAAUGUAUUGUUUGUGACGGGAUGGUAUAGGUUGACGUGCUUCUGUACACUAAGCUCAUAAGCUUGAAACUAUUUAAUGCUUGCACUGUUGCCGUUGUUUUGUAAAAGGGCAUUAUAAAAUGCACGUGGUCUUGAUGAAACCUACUAUUAAAUUUAAGCAAGUCCAUGAACGAGUGCCUUGUAUAAAACAGUAAUGUCGAAUGUAAAUAUUCUUUGUAAAUAUAUUGAGACAACAUGUAGCUGCACUUGUUAUAUUUUGAAGCAAAUAGUGCCUUAUGGUAUGGCAACGGUGUCAAGUCUUAUACAUGAGUCGAAUACCUAUUAUAUUGUACUUUAGAUGCUCUAAGCAGUCCAGUUAUCAUAUAUCCUAUAUUGUGAAUACUAAGAGCGUGUCAUCAUCAACAUUUGUAAAUACCGUCGCACAUUCACAGUUAUCACAUAAUGUGCUACAUUCCAAGCAUAUAAAAUGACAUUUUGAGCAGAGAAAAUGCAAACCAAAUUCUUAAUGGAUUCUAAAAAGCUUUUGUGUCACUGUGAAGUGAAUUAAUAUUGGUGCUAAUUAUGAAAUUACUCUCGUAUAUUGUUAUUAUUAAGUUGAUCUCGAUAGUUGGAAAAGUCUAAUAUUUAAAAAAACAUUGUGCAUUUCGUUAGCAGUAACUAAUUAAUGAACAAAAUUGUAAGUUAGUUGUUGUGUAGGCUAAUGUGAUAUUUACCAGUCCUUCGAACAUAUAGCGCUUCAGUAUUACUGCUUUGAAACGAAAAUAUAUUGAAGCUUAAUACAACUUUCUUAAGGUGGAAACAUAUAACUUACGUAUUGUGGUGUGUGAUCAGUUUCAUAUAAGAGUAUUGUGGUUCGAGACAUACUUGCAUGUCGUAUCGCCAAAUUCUUGUGGCCGAUUGGGCUAGAUUGAUGGUUACGACGCCAAGACUCGUAAAUAUGUUUCUACCUUUAGUAAAAGAUAGAAAUAAGGCACUAUGUACAUAGCACUGUCUCAUUUCGCAUCACAAAAAUAAUAGCUUAAAUAUAUUCCUGCGUGCAUCUAAUCAGUCAGAAGUUGCAGUAAGUUGCAAGUUGCACUUUUGCCUAAAGUUGUAACAUAAGCUCAGUAUAUUUUCGUAUAAUAAAGUCCUGAUUCUGAUAAAUUAAGCCAAAGUUACUUCAGUA